AUGUCUUCGACUCACAAGCAAACGAGACCCCAUGAGAAGCAUCCUCAGUUCGGCCAUCUACCGCUGAGCACCAGUGGUCCUCUGGACUGCGCUCUCGUUGGGUCCGCUCUAUGCAAUUCACCUCACUUCAACAAAGGAGCGGGUUUUACGGCUGAGGAGAGAAGGACGUUUAAGCUUACUGGUCUUCUUCCACAGAAUAUUCAAUCAUUGGAUCAACAGGUUAAGAGGGCUUAUCAGCAGUACUCGACUCGCCAGGAUGACUUGGCUAAGAAUACUUUCAUGACAAGUAUGAAGAAUCAGAAUGAAGUUCUUUUCUACAGACUUAUCCAGGAUCAUUUGAAAGAGAUGUUCUCCAUAAUUUACACUCCAACGGAAGGUGAUGCCAUUCAGAACUAUUCCAGGCUCUUCCGCCGAGCAGAAGGCUGUUUCCUGAACAUCAACGAUGUUGAUAGAGUUCACGAAGACUUGGCGCAGUGGGGAGAGCCCGAAGAUAUAGAUUACAUUGUGGUCACUGAUGGCGAAGAAAUUCUUGGGAUUGGAGAUCAAGGUGUUGGCGGAAUUCUCAUCUCAGUCGCAAAAUUAGUUUUGACAACUCUAUGCGCUGGCGUUCAUCCAAAUCGUACUCUCGCCGUGGUCUUAGACUGCGGAACUAAUAACGAGGAACUUCUUAAUGAUGAGCUCUAUCUUGGCCUAAAGCAAAAAAGGGCGAGUGGAGAGAAGUAUGACAAGUUCGUUGAUACUUUCGUUCAAAGUGCCAGAAAACUGUAUCCAAGGGCGUACAUCCAUUUCGAGGAUUUCGGAUUGACCAAUGCGAGAAGAAUCCUGGACAAAUACCGACCCCAAAUGGCUUGUUUCAACGACGAUGUCCAAGGCACUGGAGCUGUCACUUUAGCUGCUAUCAUGGCUGGUCUUCACGUAUCUAAUAUUAAGCUGACAGACAUGCGCGUGGUGAUUUUCGGUUCGGGCACUGCUGGAACUGGUAUCGCAGACCAAGUACGUGAUGCAAUUGCCGCAGAUAGUGGUAAAAGCAAAGAAGAUGCCGCAAAGCAACUCUGGUGUGUCGAUAAACCAGGUCUUCUCCUAAAAUCUCACGGCGACAAACUCACCCACGCCCAAAUCCCCUACGCACGCGAAGACUCCGACUACAAAGGCACCAGCACCUCCGACCUCCUCUCAGUAAUCAAAGCCGUAAAACCACAUGUCCUAAUCGGCACCUCCACCCAACCCAAAACCUUCACCAAAGAAGUAAUCCAAGAAAUGUCCUCCCACGUCGACCGACCCAUCGUCUUCCCCCUCUCAAACCCCACCCGACUCCACGAAGCAGACCCAAAAGACAUCAACGAAUGGAGCAAGGGCAAAGCCCUCAUCGCCACCGGCUCCCCCUUCCCACCCGUAUCCUACAACGGCAAAGAAUACGAAGUCGCGGAAUGCAAUAACAGCACCUGUUUCCCUGGCAUCGGACUCGGCUGCGUUCUUUCUCGCAGUAAACUCCUAAGCGACAAGAUGCUCGUCGCGGCUGUGAAAGCCCUGGCUGCGCAGUCGCCGGCACUGAAGGAUCCAUGUAAGGGGUUGCUGCCGGAUGUUAGUGAUGUUAGGGAGAUUAGUGUGCAUAUUGCGCGCGCGGUUAUUAGGGCUAGUCAGGAGGAGGGGUUGAAUAUGGAAACGGAGAUUCCGGAGGGCGAGGAAGAUUUGGAGGAGUGGGUUAGGGAGCAGAUGUGGGAUGCUAGUUAUAGGCCGUUGAGGUUGGUGAGUAAGGAGACGGCUAGUAAGGAUGCUAAGGGGCAGUUGGGGAGUGCGGGGGUUGAGUAG